AUGGCAGACUCUGAGCGAUCCGUUACACCCUCCUCCCCAUCCUCCCCAUCGGACACCAGGUCCGUCUCGCGCGGCCGCGAAGCCUUCCAUGCACAGUCGUCCGGCAGAGGAGGCAUCGGAAACAUGCACAGGCCAUCCAUCGACACCGACAGUCCAUCGCGGCCAAACGGAGAACCGAUGUCCCCAGUGCGCGGACGCGAGGCCACCGUAGACCCCGACCGGGCGAUCUACACCGGUCGCGGCGGCAUGGGCAACAUCCGAUCAGGCUCGCGCGCACGCUCCGCCUCCAAGAUCCCCGAGAACCUCACCCAGACCAACUCGCUUGUCUCCGACCAGGCCGCCAACCUCGCGGAGUACGAGAAGUAUCGUUCGUCCGGACGAGGGGGCUUGGGGAACAUCAAGUCUGACUCGAAGUCGCGCUCGCGCUCGCGUGCCCCGAAGACGUCCCAGAUUUUAUCUACAGGCCGCGGCGGUGCAGGCAAUUUGCAGCCGGGAGAGAACGUGGACGCCGAACACCUCGCUCAGCUCGAAGAUGAAGAGCGUCUCCGAUACGCGCAUGAGGGUGGAAUUCACUCUACUGGCCGUGGCGGACGUGCGAACCUCACAUCCCUCCCCAGUCCUCCUCCGGAACCCUCCUCCCCUCACGCACACGACUACGAGGCGACCGGGCGCGGCGGCGCGGGUAACAUCCUUCGCUCGCGCUCUGCUUCUCGUGGCCCAGACCAGAACCGCAGCCGCAGUGCGAGCCGUGGGCCGUCAGGCUCCAAGGACCGCGGCAACAGCCUCGCACGCAUGCUCAACAAGGUUAUCCUGCACCAGCACCACGAUGAGGCAGGGGCUCCGAACAUGACUGCGCUCUCCGAGGACGGCGAGCCUCUCGCAGGGCCCGCGGCGGCAGCAGGCGGCCCCGGUUCAGCAUCCCGUGUGCACGAAUGA